GCGUUAUUGGUUAACACGUGAGAGAUAUCGAUAGUCUCCUCUGGAGUUUGUUAAGUUCACACGUGUGAAUGAAAGCUUUCGCUCUCAAAGCUUGGUGCUUUUUCGUCUCUUGCCUCUGCCAAAAUCUUUUGGCCGCCAUCGAUCUUUCCGAUCACGGAACAACCGUACGAAUUGAAAGUAUCUCUGCGGCGAAGUAGAAAUGUGGACGGAGGAAUCUUUGGAUUUAGUGCUUGUGCCGACGGGUCUGGUCGUGAUGGUUGCUUACCAUGUCUGGCUCGUCUACGCUAUUCUUCACCGCCCCAAGCUCACUGUUAUCGCUCUCAACGCUGAGUCUCGACGACAAUGGGUCUUCUCUAUGAUGACUGUAGCAAAAUUGAGCAGGGUUUAUGAUGAGUAAAGAUGAUGAGAUUAGGAGAAGCAAAGUCUUGGAGCUGUCAAGUGAUGUUAGAUGUGAAUCUUCAUUAGUAGAAUCAAUGUUAUAAUAGACGGUUGGCUAUCUUCCUUGGAAGCUUGACAUUUUUCAAGAACUCUUCUUGUUCAUGGAGGAUAUGCAUCACAGAUCCCUAUAGUUCACAACUCUACGCAUAUUUCAGCUAGAAUCUUGGAGCUAGUUAAUGAGGUUCAUUGGAUAGGAACAGAGUCAUAGACAUGAGAAACAAGAACACAGUCGUGUGUCUGUCCGUUAAGAUCCGAAUUAUCGGUGGUCUUGGCUCUCAGUAUUGGUUCUUUUGCAGUAGAUGAUAUAAGUUUAUCUAUUGUUAUUUCCAGGAACCACUGAAAAAUGGUACCUUGGCUGUUCAGACAAUCCGGAACAACAUAAUGGCAUCAACCCUUUUAGCCACAACAGCAAUCACUUUAUGUUCCAUCAUCGGCGUCUUUGUAAGCAACUCGUCAUCUUCAAAAUCCACGGCAACAAAUCUCAUAUACGGGAGCAAAAGCCCUCGCUUAGCGUCAUUCAAGAACUUUGCAAUCCUGAUCUGUUUCCUCAUGGCCUUUCUCUGCAACAUCCAGUCAAUCAGGUAUUACGCUCACGUAAGUUUCCUAGUCACAGUGCCUGUCUCAAGAGGGAAAAGAGAGCACUGCGAGUACGUGUCUAGAAACCUGAACCGAGCUAGCUACUUCUGGUCUCUCGGAUUACGGGCUUUCUACUUCUCCUUCCCUCUCUUCUUAUGGACCUUCGGGCCAAUCCCGAUGUUUGUGUGCUGUUGUAUGAUGUCCUCGAUUCUAUAUUUCUUGGACACGACCACUAGUUUUACCAGGCAUCUUCAUAGCCAAUCGUUCAGAGAAACGGCUGAUUCAAUGGACGGCGAAAUCGAAUCAGCUGUUCAUACUCUGUAGAUUCUUCUCUGACUUUUGUUGUGUAUUAAGAGUUAUAUGUUAACGGUGUCUUUUGUAAUGUGAUGGAACAACUUUGUCUGCAAUUAUGUAUGCGUUUGUGUUUUCAUGUUACAAUGAUUAGAAAACAUUACAAGAUGAAAACGCAAACGCCUACCUAAACGCAAACAAACAAUCUUAAGUAUGUUCAUCACUGAAGAAAGUAAUGGUUUUAGCUUUUUCUGUUCUUGGUUUUAGGUUUGGAUAACUAAGAAGAAUUGUUAUUAUUCACACAGGCCUUAAAACAAUUUUGUUCUUGCUUUGUUUCCACAGGAUUGAGUAAAAUCCAUAAACGAAAUGUUCAAGCCUCAAACUGUUUAAACAUGACUAGAUACGCACAAAAAGGCUCACGCUCGAUAAGUACAUUAAUGAAACCUUUUAUUAAGAUUUAAGGACAAAAGUUCGAUUCUUCUUCUAAUGCCAAGAGACGUUACAAAGCUGGAGUGGCAGUGACGGCGGAAAAUAAGACAAUGGGGAUGUCUUUAGGUGAUCCGAUAUCGGAUACGAAGGCGAAGAGAUCAUACAAGAUCUCAUUGCAUUCGUAUCCACUAUGGAUCAUCUAAACUCAUUCAUGGAAUCUGGUACCUCUAAUUGGCUCAUUUCCCCCACGUCUCUUAGAAUCGGAGAAGACAGAGAGAAAAACCUAAAGCACCUGACGGACUCCGGACAGAUUGAGCAUGCAGG